AUGCCAUUUGGUUUGACUAAUGCUACUGCUACUUUUAUGGACCUAAUGAACCGCAUCUUUCGUGCCUACCUCGAUCAUUUUGUGGUUGUAUUCGUUGACGACAUUCUCGUUUAUUCAUCCACGGAAGAGGAACACCGAACUCAUCUUGCCAUCGUUCUUGAACUCUUGAGGGAACAUCGUUUAUACGCCAAGCCUAGUAAGUGCGAGUUUUGGUUACCCGAAGUUAAGUUUCUGGGUCAUGUGGUUUCGAAGGGAGGAGUAUCCGUUGAUCCAGGACAGAUAGAAUCCAUUAUGAACUGGCAGCGACCGAAGAACGUGUUUGAAAUUCGAAGCUUCUUGGGAUUGGCCGGGUACUACCGUCGUUUUGUCCUCGGCUUUUCUCUUUUAGCGGCACCGAUGACUAGACUAACACGUAAGGGGACCCGUUUCGUUUGGAAUGACUCUUGUGAGACGGCUUUUAAGGAGUUGAAAAGGCGAUUGACUACCGCACCAGUUUUGAUCGUGCCGGAACGUGGAGUUGGCUACUCCGUGUAUUUCGAUGCGUCUAAAGAAGGAUUGGGGUGCGUAUUGAUUCAAGCGGGGUGA